AUGGUUAUACCUCAAGCUCUUGGUAUGGAAGUGAAGAUGCAACCUGGUGUCGGACCUAAAUUUACUGAACCUUUAAAUUCAGUAAACGACUUAGAUCGGCUAAACGCUCAAGUUGAUGUACGAAAAGAAUUAGACUAUGUUUAUAAAUCAAUAACCCUAACACGCCAUCGACUAGAAGGAAAGGUCCCUUUGAUCGGUUUUGCUGGUGCUCCCUGGACUCUAAUGUCUUAUAUGAUUGAAGGUGGAAGUUCUAAUACUUAUUCCAAAUCAAAAAAAUGGUUAUACACCGAACCUCAAUCAAUUUCUUUCCGGUGCACAGUUACUUCAAGUUUCGAAUCUCACGCUGGCUUUCUUAGCCCACACUUGUUUAAUACAUUUUGUUUACCGUAUUUGAAACAAAUUGCAAAUGAAGUACGAAGCCGUUUGUUGAAUGAAUACAAAAUUCCUAACGAUUAUAUUCCACCACUCAUCGUAUUUGCUAAAGAUGGUCAUUAUGCUCUUACUGAAUUAUCUAAAUCUGGUUAUGAUGUUAUUAGCCUAGAUUGGACCAUAUCUCCUAGAUUAGCUCGAAAUACUGUAGGUUUUAAUAUCACAUUACAAGGUAAUUUAGAUCCUUGCGCAUUAUAUUCUAAUGAGAAUGAAAUUUCAAGUUUAGUAAAAGAAAUGAUUAAUAAUUUCGGUGUACAUCGUUAUAUUGUCAAUUUGGGUCAUGGCAUUUAUCCUGAUGUUGAUCCAGAUAAAGUGAAUAAAUUUGUUUAUUUAGUGCAUCAAUUAUCAAAUACAAUGUUGAACUAUUAA